CUUGCCUCCUUCUGCCUUUGCAGGGGCUUCGGGAAGCAAGGGUUCCAGUGCCAAGUCUGCUGUUUCGUUGUGCACAAGCGGUGCCAUGAAUUUGUCACGUUCUCCUGCCCAGGCGCCGACAAGGGUCCAGCCUCUGAUGACCCCCGGAGCAAGCACAAGUUCAAGAUCCACACCUACUCCAGCCCCACCUUCUGUGACCACUGCGGGUCGCUGCUGUACGGACUCAUCCACCAGGGGAUGAAAUGUGACACCUGCAUGAUGAACGUCCACAAGCGCUGCGUGAUGAACGUCCCCAGCCUCUGCGGCACGGACCACACGGAGCGCCGCGGCCGCAUCUACAUCCAGGCGCACAUCGAGGGGCCAGUCCUCACCGUGCUCGUAAGAGAUGCUAAAAACCUUGUCCCCAUGGACCCCAAUGGCUUGUCAGAUCCCUAUGUGAAACUGAAACUCAUUCCUGACCCCAAAAGUGAGAGCAAACAGAAGACCAAAACCAUCAAGUGCUCCCUCAACCCCGAGUGGAACGAGACAUUCAGAUUCCAGCUGAAGGACUCGGACAAAGACCGGAGGCUGUCCGUGGAGAUCUGGGACUGGGAUCUGACCAGCCGGAACGACUUCAUGGGCUCCCUGUCGUUCGGGAUUUCCGAGCUGCAGAAGGCGGGGGUGGAUGGCUGGUUUAAGCUGCUGAGCCAGGAGGAGGGCGAGUACUUCAACGUGCCCGUGCCGCCGGAAGGAAGUGAAGGCAACGAGGAGCUGCGGCAGAAGUUUGAGAGGGCCAAGAUCGGUCAGACUCCCAAGACUCCAGAAGAAAAAACUACCAACACCAUAGCCAAAUUUGACAACAAUGGGAACAGGGACCGGAUGAAGCUGAGCGAUUUUAACUUCCUGAUGGUGCUUGGGAAAGGCAGCUUUGGCAAGGUCAUGCUCUCCGAGCGGAAAGGCACGGACGAGCUCUACGCCGUGAAGAUCCUGAAGAAGGACGUGGUGAUCCAGGACGACGACGUGGAGUGCACCAUGGUGGAGAAGCGGGUGCUGGCCCUGCCCGGGAAGCCGCCCUUCCUGACCCAGCUGCACUCCUGCUUCCAGACCAUGGACCGCCUGUACUUCGUGAUGGAAUACGUGAACGGCGGUGACCUCAUGUACCACAUCCAGCAGGUUGGCCGGUUUAAGGAGCCUCAUGCUGUAUUUUACGCUGCAGAAAUCGCCAUCGGCCUGUUCUUCUUACAGAGCAAGGGCAUCAUUUACCGUGACCUAAAACUUGACAACGUGAUGCUGGAUUCCGAGGGCCACAUCAAGAUCGCCGACUUUGGCAUGUGCAAGGAGAACAUCUGGGACGGGGUGACCACCAAGACGUUCUGCGGCACUCCGGACUACAUCGCCCCUGAGAUCAUUGCAUACCAGCCCUAUGGGAAGUCGGUGGACUGGUGGGCAUUCGGAGUCCUGCUGUAUGAGAUGCUGGCCGGGCAGGCGCCCUUCGAAGGGGAGGAUGAGGAUGAACUCUUCCAGUCCAUCAUGGAGCACAACGUGGCUUACCCCAAGUCCAUGUCCAAGGAGGCUGUGGCCAUCUUGAAGCUGAUGACCAAGCACCCGGGCAAACGUCUGGGCUGCGGGCCCGAAGGCGAGCGGGACAUCAAAGAGCACGCGUUCUUCCGGUAUAUUGACUGGGAGAAACUGGAACGCAAAGAGAUUCAGCCCCCGUAUAAGCCAAAAGCCAGAGACAAGCGAGACACCUCCAACUUCGACAAAGAGUUCACCAGACAGCCUGUGGAACUCACGCCCACGGACAAACUCUUCAUCAUGAACUUGGACCAAAAUGAGUUUGCCGGCUUCUCCUAUACUAACCCAGAGUUUGUCAUUAACGUGUAGGUGAGCGCCCGCUGCUCGCGGAGCCUGGAGGCGGGACUCCAGGCCGAGUGUACGCAUUGAUUUGUCUUCCAGAUCCGUGGUGCUCCUGCCGGCAUUCCGGGAUGGGAGCUGGCCGGGGGCUUCUCUUUGGAUGUGUAGCUUGCUAGUUUGUUUUCUACAUUUGAAAAAUGUUUAGUUUAGAGUAAGCGCUUUAUCCAAGUAGAAAGGAACCGUUUUCCAAUCUUCCAGAAACUCAUCAAAUGAACAGACGAUGUCAAAACUACCGUGUCUGACCCCAAAAUGCUUCAGUAUUUGUAAUUUUUAAAAUCAGAAGCUGAUGUUCCUAGUGAAAGUUUUUACAGCUGUUCUGCAGUAUUUCCCCUGAAUGCUAAGCAUGACUGGUGUUUUUAAAAAUAGUGAGUAAGCUUUGCAGUUACUGUGAACUGUUGUCUCUUGGAGGAAAUUUUUUGUUUAAGAAUUGACAUGAUUAAACUGAGUUAAUAUAUGCAAA